UCAGUCUGCAAGCGGCCGUAGCAGUGAGGCAGUGAGUGUGGGUCUCUCAAACGUAGUGGGUUUCCCUCUCUUGCAGCCAAAGAUAAUAACGGAGUUAACGUGAAUAUCGUAUAUUCACAAGAUAUAUAAGUGUAUUUAAACACCUGAUACCUUGGUUUAGAAGUGAUUUGUUAAAGUGUAUGCAAGUAAACACAAGAAGAUGUUAAGCGAAAUCUUCAAACGUUUUAAUCAAGUGGUAAUUUUAAGCCUCGUUGCAAUUUCAGCGUUCGGUAUUGACCCAGCUUCAGCCCUUGAUAGUACUCCACAGUCUCUGCUUCCCGAGAAGAAAGUUAAUUCAGCUCGUAAACUGGCUGUUGAGUUACCUCCACGUGUUUUUCCUAAAGAUUCUGAUGAAGAUAAACCAAGCAGGCAGGGUGAAGAAUUACCUCCAUCAGUCUUUCCCAGAGAAUCUGGUGAUAAAAGUCAUUUAGAGAAUGACGCUACUCAUUUCAGUGAUAAAGUUACUAUUACUAAUACAGAGAAAAAAACAGCUUCAAUCACUAAACAAUCCCCAGCAAAGAAAGUUGCUUCAGAGGUGCCAGAUUUGCUGAGUGAUGACACAUACAACCGGACUGUUUAUGAAGAUGGCACUGAAGGUCCUAUACAGAGUGAUACAGUCACAGUAACAGGACCAAAUGUCAUAAAUAAUAACAAAACUCAUGAGGAGGAUGUUACAUCCUCCAGCAUGGAAAAGAAAGAAAAUAUCAUUAAAACCGAUUCAGUUACAAGUUCCCUUUACACAUCAGAUGCAAACAAAACAACUGCCAUUGAUCCUCAUGAUAAAUUUAGUGUAAGCACUGUCACUGAAAGCAAUGUGAAAGAUACCGAAAAAUUCACGUACACUGCAAGCACAGCAGAAGCUGCAAAGUGUGGUGAAAAUUGUACAAGCCCUGGUGAUGUGACAGAGGCAUUCACUAACACCCCAGCAACAGAUACAAAAAUUGCUGUGAAAGAUGGUAAGAAAAAUUAUUUAAUUUCUGAAAAGAACAAAGAAAAGAACCUUAAACCCAAGUCUGAUAACAGAACAAUAAAGGAUGAAACGCUAACAAAAACCGAAUUAAAUAUAUCAGUUCAAGCUGAAACAACGAUAAAACCUGUAUCAAGUACAACAAUCAAGGAUGAAACAAUAGCAAAAUCUGAAUCAAACACAACAGUAAAGGACGAAACAACAGACAAAACGAAAUUAAACACAACAGUCAAGGAUGAAACAACAGACCAAACGAAAUCAAACACAGCAGUCAAGAAUGAAACAACAGACAAAACAGAAUCAAACACAACAGUCAAGGAUGAAACAGCAGCUAAAACUGAAUCAUUGUCUUCAAUUACUGAAGAAAUAUCUGUUAUAAAAUCUACAUUCACACUGCCUGUUCAGCAGUCAACAACCACAACCCUGCAAUCAACACUGAAAGCUGAAUCCACAACUUCAGUAAAUAUUUCAGAGAACGUGAUUGAUCACAAAGCUGAAGAAGACACAGUAAUUGCUCUGGCAGCAUCACAGCAGCAUGCUGAUCAUUCACAUCCAUCACCAGGAAAGUCAUCAGCAUUUCUGCAGCCCACAGAGUCAGCAGCAAUAUUUGCUGGUGUGUUCGUUGGGAUAGCAUUAAUUGGAUACAUUGGCCUUCUUGUCUGGAGGAGAGUGCUAGAGAAACGAUACGGCAAUCGUGAGAUGCUUGUGAAUGAGGAUGAUUUUUAUGACACAAAUGAUUUGAAGAAUUUUGAGCUCUGACAUUGACACAUCGGGGUCCAGCAGUGGUACUAUGUACAUUCAUCGUCGGGAGAAGAAUUCUAACUGGAACAAUGCAGUGAAAUCUCCAAAAACAAUUCUUGCGUUCUGUAUGAAGCACCAGUAGAAUAGUGUUAAGCCCUUAUAUUUUAUUUUUAUCUGUGAUAUGAGAUGAAGUGAAACUGAAUGCGAUUUUA